GCAGAAGGAUUUGUCAGAGGUGUCAAGAAAGGAGAGCAGUGAUGGAUAGAAGAAAGAUAAGAGUAGGGAUUAAAAACAAAAUAAGAAAUAAAUUAAAAAGAAAGCCAAGGCAUUUAAGGUGCAGAGGCUGAGCAGAAGCAAGCAGCAAAACCCAGAGGGGAGACCCAGCUGGAUCUGUGUGUACCAGUACUCGACCAGGAGAGACCGGAAUGGACGUGACCAGCCGCUGCACACUCGGAGAUCCCAACAAACUGCCGGAAGGGGUGCCACAGCCUGCACGCAUGCCCUACAUCUCCGACAAGCACCCUCGACAAACUUUGGAGGUCAUCAAUCUUCUCCGGAAGCACCGGGAGCUGUGCGAUGUGGUGCUGGUAGUCGGUGCGAAGAAGAUCUACGCCCACAGGGUGAUCCUGUCAGCCUGCAGCCCUUACUUCCGAGCCAUGUUCACCGGGGAGCUGGCAGAGAGUCGGCAGACAGAAGUCGUGAUCAGAGACAUCGACGAAAGGGCCAUGGAACUGCUCAUUGACUUUGCCUACACCUCUCAGAUCACUGUGGAAGAGGGGAAUGUCCAGACCUUGUUGCCAGCUGCUUGCCUUCUCCAGCUGGCUGAGAUCCAGGAGGCCUGCUGCGAGUUCCUUAAGAGACAGUUGGACCCUUCCAAUUGCCUGGGCAUCCGAGCUUUUGCUGAUACUCACUCGUGCCGUGAACUGCUGAGGAUUGCUGACAAGUUCACCCAGCACAACUUCCAGGAGGUAAUGGAGAGUGAGGAGUUCAUGCUGCUUCCUGCCAAUCAGCUCAUAGACAUUAUAUCCAGUGACGAGUUAAAUGUUCGCAGCGAAGAGCAGGUGUUCAACGCGGUGAUGGCCUGGGUGAAAUACAGCAUUCAAGAAAGAAGACCCCAGCUGCCACAGGUUCUACAGCAUGUCCGUUUGCCACUGCUGAGUCCCAAGUUUCUUGUGGGUACCGUGGGCUCUGAUCCUCUUAUUAAGAGCGAUGAGGAAUGCCGGGAUUUAGUGGAUGAAGCCAAAAACUAUCUCCUGCUGCCGCAGGAGCGGCCACUGAUGCAAGGACCACGAACCAGACCACGCAAACCCAUCCGCUGUGGUGAAGUACUCUUUGCAGUGGGGGGCUGGUGCAGUGGGGAUGCGAUUUCCAGUGUGGAGCGCUAUGACCCUCAGACCAACGAGUGGCGGAUGGUGGCCUCCAUGAGCAAAAGACGCUGUGGCGUUGGAGUCAGUGUUCUGGAUGACCUCCUCUACGCGGUGGGAGGCCACGAUGGUUCCUCUUAUCUUAAUAGUGUGGAAAGAUAUGAUCCCAAGACCAAUCAGUGGAGCAGUGACGUGGCCCCCACCAGCACCUGCAGGACCAGUGUUGGAGUAGCAGUUCUUGGGGGCUACCUCUAUGCCGUGGGUGGCCAGGAUGGUGUCUCUUGUCUCAACAUUGUGGAAAGGUAUGAUCCCAAAGAAAACAAAUGGACUCGAGUGGCUUCCAUGAGCACCAGGCGCCUGGGAGUUGCAGUGGCUGUCCUAGGGGGCUUCCUCUACGCAGUGGGAGGCUCUGAUGGAACUUCUCCUCUCAAUACUGUGGAACGAUACAAUCCCCAGGAGAACCGCUGGCAUACGAUUGCACCCAUGGGGACUAGAAGGAAGCACCUGGGCUGCGCGGUGUACCAAGACAUGAUAUAUGCUGUGGGAGGCAGAGAUGAUACAACAGAGCUCAGCAGUGCGGAGAGAUACAACCCUCGAACAAACCAGUGGUCUCCUGUUGUGGCCAUGACAUCCCGCCGGAGUGGAGUUGGCCUUGCAGUGGUGAACGGACAGCUAAUGGCAGUGGGGGGGUUUGAUGGCACAACGUACUUGAAGACCAUUGAGGUGUUUGAUCCGGAUGCAAACACAUGGAGGUUGUACGGUGGGAUGAACUAUCGCCGGCUGGGAGGAGGAGUAGGUGUUAUCAAAAUGACACACUGUGAAUCUCAUAUAUGGUAAGCAUCGAGAGGGAAGGAGCCCCCUAGCUUCUCGUUUCUAGAAAAACUGAAGAGACUUGUUGACACUGGACCUCUUUGCAGCUCUAGUAUGAAUGGUCUAGACCCGAUGUAACUCUUUCUUAUGGAACUAUAAAAAUGACUUCUGUCAGAGUGUGCCCAAUGGGAGACCACGUUGUCAGACUCCAGGGAACCACUGGACAAAAGUAGAAGUGUUGCUUAUGUCCGUAUUUUUUCUAAAUAGUCUACAAUUUUGAAUAAACCAAACUGUAAAUGUCGCUAUAGUGUAAGUAAUACUGAUGUAAAGACUACAAGCUAUAAUGGGAGUCUGGCAAGGAAGAGGGUUUCCUGCCUUCCCUUCUGCUGUGAGCAGUGGAUGUGGCAGCUGUGUGGUGGGCGAAAGAGGAAAGUGAUACGGAAAACAUUGCUUUUGCCUUAUUUACAGAGAGCUUCAAAAAAAAAAAAAAGUACUUGACCUGCAAGGUGCCACCUUUGCACAGAAGCUUUCCUGUGCUCAGAGUAUAUUUAUUUUUUCAUUUAAUUUGUAUCAUGUAUUUUCUUUGUAUCGCUCACAGCGAUGAUUCCAGCUUUUUAUAUACAUAUAUAUGUGUGCAUAUAUAUAUAUGUAUUUUAUAUAUAUGUAUAUGUGCGUGUGCGAUUUGAGUUUUGAUGAGUUGAUGGUUAGGGCAGGGCUAUGUCCUGCAAGCUAUUGUGGUUCCAACCCUUGUGGUAUGUGUUAGGGUCUCUUAGAGUACAGGAGAGGUAUGAAGAUGGGUGCCCUGAGUAUCUUUUCAGUCUUGCUAGAGGCAAGAAGUAGAACUGGAACUCUCAUCUAUCGACUGAAUCAGUGAAAUGCCACAAAAGAGAGUGAAAAGGAUUUCAGGCAAUGCCUUUUUAGUGUACAGUGUAUGGUACAGAAGUUCAGCUUUUGUCUCUCAACGCCCCUGUAUAUGAACCUAGAAACAACUUGUUGCUUACUUAGAAAAAUCUUUCUCACGUUGCCUACUUAGAUAUCACUCUUUGUCUGAAGCUGGUAUGCAGGUGUCAUCUGUUAAUUCUUACUAGCCUAGAUCAACACUCCUCAGCUUCUUGCUAGAGUGGCAGACCUGCAGUCAGUGCCUGCUGUGAAAAAUGCUUAGACUAGCAUCACCUUAGCUGCCCUCCUGCCUCUUGUCUGUGUCUUCAGAAUUCCUGUUGUAAAACACCGACUGUGACGAGAUGGUAACCUCCCUUUUAGUGAUUUUUAUGUACUUUCUCUGGGCUGGUUUUGAGCAGGGAAAGGUCUGAGACUCAUGAAAGAGUUUGGAGGGGAAGGACUCUUUGCUGGCACUGUAACUUGUCAUGUUUUGGUGAGUGCAGAGGUACCCAGGGGUGGGGAGAGAGGAACUCUAAACUCAAAGGUUCUGACACGUUUGUACUGUAAUUUCUAUACAGAAUGAAAGAAAGACCUGUUGCACCUGAUGUAACUUUGGACCUUACUAAAUCUGAUUUUAAAAGAAUAAGAGGACAGGACUGUAAAUUCUUGAGAUGAAAAAGGCAGUGCUGGUAUCUUAAGUUCUUUAACUUCAUAGUUUGAUUCAUGUAACUCAGCAUUUUAAUGUGCUUGAAUAUAGUAAAAAUUACACUACAGUAAUAAAUGGGUCAUUAAAGGUUUUUAAAAAGCCCCCUUUCCCCUCGAGGUUGAUAUUGUGUUUACAUAUGAAAAUCAUUUGCACCUUUACAAGGAAAACAAGUAUUCUGUAAACAAAUGUUUACAUUUAUCAUUUAUGCUUUUUUCUAGCAUGAGUAACUUGUAUAAAUAGUGCUAUCUUAAUAAAUUUCUUCUAUGCUGUU